GCAGAAGAGCCGCCCAAGCAGCUGCAACGUGCCGCGCCAGAGGCGCGUCAGGAGGCCGAGAGUGCGGACCUUUCCUGGCCGAUUGUGCGGACUGCGCCGCCGGAGCCUGCCGAUAUUGGAAGGCUACGAGCGGAGCUUCAAGCCAAGGAGCAGAUCUUGCAACUCCUGCGCAAAGAGGCCAUCGAUCACCGCUUCCUCAUAGAGGUCCUCGAGCGGGAGACUUUCGCCAAGGAAGAGGCUUUGGUGCAGCUGCGAGCGGCGGAGGCGCAUCAGAAGGAGCUGGUACGGCUAGCUGCAGAAAUUCACCAGCGUGACGAGGGACUACGGG